CGCCUGUCCUCCCUGCCGAAGAGGAGAGCAGACACAGGCGAUUCAAAGGUCGCUGCUCCCUGAGACGGCACAGUCUGGCCGCAGCGACGCGUGCCGCGAGCGAGAGGCUGACUCGGAAGACACAGUCGAGGGCUAAAGACACUGUCGGCAAGCAGUCGGCGGCACUAUCGAGUGGCUAAAGUGGCUGAAGGCCAAAGCCGCUGCUCCAGGGCGUCGAACGCGCGUCGAGCCGCAGCGGCAUCCGACCGAUGGUGAUGCUCGGCGGCGCCGGUGGCGCCUACAGAGACUUCUUCCACCCGGAGAAUGACGACGCCCUCUCGGUGCGAGCACUCUGUGAUCAGACCGCUGAGCUCGGUGCGAUGCUCUAUAGCUCGAUGCUGCGACGCUGCGGCGUACGGUCACCGAUGCUGAUAGCUGAGGCAAGGUACCGAAGCCGAAGUGUCCGGCGCAAAGUUGCGGAUUUGCAGUAGGGCCUGCUUUGUACCACUGCGCGGAGGUUGUACCACUGCCCCUCCGAGCCCUCCGGGCACUCCAUCCCUCAUGACCCCUCCCGAGCCCUCCCGAGCCCUCCAGCGCCACCCUCGUGCCUCUCUGCCCUCCGAGCCCUCCGAGCCCUCCGAGCUCUCCACCCCUCCCGAGCCCCACCCCUCGCGCUAGUGACCCUCUUGCCGGACGACACCCUCCGAGCCCUCCAAGCCCUCCAAGCCCCCCGAGCCCUCCAGACCCCUCCAUCCGCACAGCCCCUCCGGCCCCUCUAGCCCCCUCCGACCCCUCCAGCCCUCUCUAGCCCUCUGGACCCCUCCUACGCCUCGCUUUUGGCCAGCCCUCCAAGCCCCCACCCCUCCUGGGCCCUGCCGCCUGACACCUCUAUCGGUGGAGGGCUUUAGGUCACGGUCCGCACUCCCGCCCUCCUGACCCCUCCACACCCCUACAGCGGCACCCCUACCCCUCCCGCCGUUUUAGGGCCUGCCCACCCGCACUCGAUGGUCGUCGUCGUACGUGUUUCGAGAUCUGCUAUGAGGCUGACACCGGCACCAGCCCCGAGAGCGAGACGCGCGACAGCGGACAGGAGAUCC